AUGCAAACACCUGGGUUUCGCACUACUUGUUUGGGGCGCAUUUUUUUCUCGCGCCGCGUGCACGCCGUGGCGGCCCCUCGCCACGCCCUCCUCCCCUCCUCCGGGGCCGCCGCCGCCCUGCCGCCGUUUGAUGUUGCCUGGCGCGUGUGUGCACGCACAGACCCGCCCUCCAUUUGUUUGGGCUUCCGCUUUGAUGUAGCCUCCUGCACCAGCAGCGGCCAACCGCUAGCUUGUUUUUUUCGCUAUUUUGUCGUCGUCGUCGUUGAUGUUGUUGUUUUUGUUGUUGUUGUUUAUGUCGUGUUUAUGCCUCCCAGCCAGGGACGCCGUCACCGCCUUUCAAUUUGCGCCCCCAACUUCACUCUUGUGACGGUGGGCUCUGAGAAGCGCGUUACCAGAGGGCCUAGGGAGGAGGAGAGAAGAGAGGGAGAGGGGGAACACGGGAUGACAGGGUGGAGGACCGUGUCGUCCUCACACCCAGCAGUUCAGGGCCUCAAGCAUCACCAGGUUACCUUCUCCCCAUGGAAAGCGGCAUUUUCGUCUGCACACCGCAAUCCAACGUUAAGCGAUAACAGAAAGGGUGUCUGGAUUGCUGCACAAAGAACCGACCUCGCCUGUUGUCGUGUUCUGGGCUGA